AUGUUUUUUAUUCCUACUGAUAGUAGCCCAAGGCCAGAUGGCUUUGGAUCUGGUUUUUACAAGGUUUGUUGGGACAUUGUGCAAGAGGACGUGAUGAUGGCAGUGCAUGAUUUCUUUCGAGGAGGCAUUAUUCCUAGGGAGUUCACCGCUAUGUCUUUGGUGCUUAUUCCUAAGGUGGAUAACCUGAAGAGUUUUGACAAAUUUAUACCAAUAAGCUUGUGCUCCGCUUUUUAUAAAACUUGCACUAAGAUUCUGAGUCUUCACAAGCCAGCUCGUGGUGGUAAUGUGGUAAUUAAAAUUGACAUGGCCAAGGCAAAUGACAGUAUUGAGUGGAACUUUUUGAUUCAUGUUUUGUUGGCUUUUGGUUUUUCUGGAACCUUUUGUAAUUUGGUCAGACAGCUUAUCUCCUCUCCCUCGUUUUCAGUAGUUAUGAAUGGAGUAUCCAAGGAUUUCUUCCAAGGGGCACGAGGAUUGCGUCAAGGGGAUCUGAUCACUCCAUACUUGUUUAUUAUGGUAGAGGAAAUUUUGUCGAGAAAUUUGAAAAAAAGAUAUCAAGAAGGGUGGAUUGCCGCUUUUUCACUCUCAAGGAAUGUUCUGAAUAUAUCUCAUCUUCUCUAUGCAGAUGAUAUAAUCAUCUUCUCAAAUGGUAGUAAAGCAUUGAUUAAAGCAAUUUCGGAGUCCCUUGCACUCUAUGAAGCAUGGUCUGGGCAAAAAAUUAGCAAGGAGAAGUCAUCUAUAUUUUUCUCUAAGCUUAUUCCACCAGUUAGAAGAAGACAAAUAUUGCGGAUAACCAGAUUUUCAGAGGGUUCAUUACCUUUUAAAUACCUAGGAGUGCCAAUUAUAUUUGGUAGACUAAAAUCUAAUUAUUUUGAUGAGCUGGUGGGAAAGAUUGGUGCUAAGAUUGGAGACUGGAUUUCUCGUUUAUUAUCUAGUGGGGCAAGAUUGAUCUUGGGAUAUAAGGACGAGAAACCGAAGAGACACUGGAAAGGAUGGGAUAAAUUGUGCACUCCAAGUAGAGAAUGGGGUAUUGGUAUUCGAAAUUUUCAGGAUGAAGAUCACAUUUCUCUUAUAAAUCCUAACAAAGGUUCUCGGUUUUGGAAGCUCAUGACCAAAUGUAUACCAGAUGUUAUUAAGUAUUCCCAAUGGAAGCCUAAGGCAGGGCAUAUUUCAUUUUGGUUUGACAAAUGGUUGGGGGAGAAAAACCUUGCAAUAGGUUCUCUUGUCACUAUGCCGAGAUUGAAAUUAAAAGAUGUCUGGCUAGAAGAUGGUUGGGAUGUGGACUUAUUGUAUCGUUUGGUGGGUUCCCAAAAAGCCCAAGAAAUUGUGAACACAGCCAAUGGGAAGAAAGAAGGAGAGGAUAUUCUAAUCUGGGGAGACUAUGAAGACUUGAACCAUGUGCUAGCAAACGGUGAAGUGGCUCAGUCCAUUUGGCGAAAAUGUGCCAUCCAAGUUGGUUUAAAUAUUGAACUCAAAGUUCAUAGAAGAAAGAGGAUGCAGAUUAUUCAGUGGCAUAGACUGAAACAUGGCUGGUUCAAGCUAAAUGUAGAUGGAAGCAGUAAAGGAAACUCGGGGAAGGCAGGUGCAGGGGGAAUACUGCCGGAUGCAGAAGGUAAAAUGAUUUUUGCUUUCUCUUCUCCACUAGAGCAUGGAACAAAUAAUUAUGCAGAGUUCAUGGCUUUAUUUCUUGGUGUGAGAAAGAUCUGCUUAUACGGCUUGGACAAAAUAGAGAUAGAGAUGAAUUCACAAAUUGCGGUUAACUAG